CGUAUAAAACACACGGAGAAUCACUCACUCAAUUAGUUACGAACACGGCCUCACGAUGGUUGGGCUUAGACAAAUUGUGCUGUGUAUCACCUUACAAGUGAUCUUCGCAGAUGCCGCAAGAAUUCUAGCUGUGUUUCCCGUACCUUCCUUCAGCCAUCAAAUCACCUUCAGGCCAAUCACCAUGGAACUCAUCAAGCGUGGCCAUGAAGUUGUGGUGAUGACCCCAGACCCAAUGUUCAAGAAGGGUGAAGCACCAGCAAACUUGACAGAAAUAGACGUCCAUGACAUAUCAUACCAAGCUUGGCAAGUCUUCAUGGAAGCAGCUAAAGGAAAAAAGGAGGAUCUGAUCACUCAAAUGAAGGUGGCAUCAGAAAUGUUGAUCGAUAUAGUAGAUCUUCAAUAUCAAAAUAAAGAAAUGAAAGAAAUAAUCAAAGGGAAGCAACAUUUUGAUCUUUUGCUUGUCGAAGCUUGUAUUCGGCCAGCCUUGGCAUUUUCACACGUCUACAAAGUGCCUUUGAUACAGAUAAGUUCAUUUGGAGCAAUUUUUGACAAUUAUGCGGUGAUCGGAGCACCGUUACAUCCUUUCUUAUACCCUAGUAGUAUGAAUCAAAGGAUUUACAAUCUGACAAUAUAUGAGAAGUUGUACGAAUUGUAUAAUAAUUACAUGAUUGACCAAAUGAGCAAUGGUAUGGCUGUUGAAGAAUACAAAAUGCUAAAAAAGCAUUUUGGGCCAGAUGUACCUGAAAUAAAAGAAUUACAAAAUAGGGUUGAGAUGAUGUUCUUGAAUGUUAAUCCUAUUUGGGAAGGAAUUCGGCCGGUACCACCCAGUGUUAUACAUUUGGGAGGUUUGCCCCAGAAACCGCACAAGGAAUUGCCUCAAGAUCUAAAAUCAUAUUUAGAUUCUUCUAAAAACGGCGUUAUUUACAUCAGUUUUGGUACCAACGUGAAGCCGAGUCUACUCCCUCCUGAAAAGAUCCAGACGCUUGUCAAAGCCUUCUCAAAGAUGCCUUACGAUGUUCUCUGGAAGUGGGACAAGGAUGAACUGCCUGGAAGGACAGCAAACAUCAGGAUCUCCAAGUGGCUACCACAGUCUGACUUGCUUAAGCACCCAAAAAUAAAACUCUUCGUAACACAAGGAGGUCUACAAUCAACAGACGAAGCUAUUACAGCAGGAGUACCUCUAGUUGGAGUCCCCAUGUUAGGAGACCAGUGGUAUAAUGUGGAAAAAUAUGUCCACCAUGGAAUUGGAGUCAAACUGGAACUGAUAUCUCUUACUGAAGAAACGUUUAGUACUGCAGUUAAUACUGUUAUUGGAAAUGAAAGUUACCGCAAAAACAUCCAACGACUAAGAACUCUGAUGACUGAUCAGCCCAUGAAACCUUUGGACCGUGGUAUUUGGUGGAUAGAGCACGUCCUCCGCCACGGAGGAGCGAAACACCUCCGUUCCCCUGUCGCCAAUAUUUCUUGGGCGGAGUAUCUGGAGUUUGAAUUGAUUGCCAUAGUCCUUUCAGCUUUAUUGGCCGCUUUAGCCGUUGCCAUUGCCGUAGUCUAUAGUCUGUACGGGUUUGUAACGAGAAACUACAUAAUUAAGGCUAAAGUGAAGAGUAGUUAAUGUUUUUAGUCGUUUUUUAGUUGUAGUUAAAUAUUUUUUAGUAAUUAUUUGUUUAUGUUAAAAC